AUGAAGAAUGAUAAUAAGUUGCAAAAGGAAGCACUUAUGCGACUAUCGCAGCUAAGAUUUCCAUUUGCCGAUGCUCCAAGUAUAGUACAAGCGCAUCAAAAAGAUGAACAAAUCCAGGGCCUUUUGAUUAUGAAAGUGACUGAAUUGUGCAAAUUGAUAAAGAGUCAAUUGUUUGUUAACUCUUACCCUAAGGAACUGUCCAUAUUUGCCAAGCUCCUGUAUUUGCUCUUUACUACAGGAAGACGUGGUAGAACGUUAGGUGAGGAAUAUGUUGACUUGACAUACACUAAUAGGAAGGGUACCAGACUUGCAGGACGGCUCAAAAUGAUUGUAUUCGCUUUCGCUUAUCCUUUAUGUCCAUAUUUCAUCACCAAACUAUACAAGAAAAUAAUGAAGAACAACAAGGAAAGUAAAAUUGAAGAUACUGAAAGUGUUGCCGCGUUUUGUAAGGGCCUUUUAGAUUUCAUUUUAGACGUACACAUGACCCUCUUUUAUUUCAAAGGAGCUUUUUACAGUAUUUCCAAAAGGAUUUUUGGUAUGAGAUAUGUUUUUAAACAUAUAUUGUCAAAAAAUGAGGCCAAUUUUAGAGAAGAGGGCUCACAAAAGUACAAAGUAUUAGGUUAUAUCCUAUUAGCUCAAAAUGUUAUGAAAUGGUACCCUGUCCUAACCUCUACGCUCGGGUCCUGGAUUUAUGGGAGAAAAAGGACCAAUGAUUCAAUUACUAGGUCGUCUGUUGGUCUACAGGAGCGUUCAGAACAUGAAUCUAUAGAAGGCAUACCGAAGGAAUCGCAGCUGACUCAUAUAAAUUUGUCAGAUAAAAACCAAUUGCCAUUUAUUCCAGAAGCCUCGAGAAAAUGCAUCCUAUGUCUCAUGAACAUGAGUGAUCCUAGCUGCGCGCCAUGUGGACAUCUAUUUUGUUGGAGUUGUCUUAUGAGCUGGUGUAAAGAGAGGCCAGAAUGCCCCUUGUGCAGACAACACUGUCAACCACAGGAAAUUCUGGUCCUGCGGCAAUAG